AUGAAGAAAUUCGCGCGUGCUCCAGGAGCGCGCGUGUGCGACUGGGAUAUGAGGACGUCCUCUGAGGUAGGAGGUAUCUCAAUCCUGCGGAGACACCGCCCGCCCAGAGAGGGCGCUGUGACUCAACUCAGCCGCCUCCAGGGGACAGAGACGCAGAAUCGCGCCCGGAGCCUUCUGGGACUUGUAGUUCUUGGCCUCGUGGUGCGCAAGCGCACUGCUGAGUCCGUUGUGGGCGCGCGUCCCCGGGAGACAACGGCGGUGCGCGAAGGAGAGUUAGAGAAGUCGGGCAGCUUGAACCUACCUUGUGAAACAGUCCAGCACCUGCCCUGUGAAAAUACCCCUGCACGACAGGUCUGUGGGGCAAACUCGGCUGUGAGGAAGGAAGGACCCUCACCCAGAGCCUUUGGAGGGGAUGGGUCCUGCCACACCUGA